CUGGCGUUGGUUUCAUCCGAAACGCUAAAGUUUGCAGCGUCUGGCGUUGGUUUUAUACCCUUUACUAAGUUUCAAAACUACAAAAAACACCUUUAAUCUUCCCCAUCAAGUCAGAUAUAUCUCCGAGACUCCUUUCUCUUCACCGUCUUCCCAAGGCUUUACCCAGAGACGACGAUUCCGCCGAUUCAUCAGGGUUUGAGCAUUUGACAUAAAAACCAAAAAUGGUUUCGUUUCCCGCUACAACAGAGACAAUAUCCCUGGCACUAGAAGCCAACAGCUCUGAGGCUAUUCAGAUACUCUACCAGGUCUUGGAAGACCCUUCUUCAUCUCCAGAGGCUCUCCGGGUCAAGGAGCAAGCGAUCAUCAACCUCUGUGAACGUCUCACUGAGGAGAAGAGAGGUGAGGAUCUCAGGAAGCUUUUGACCAAGUUGAGACCUUUCUUCUCCCUCAUCCCCAAGGCCAAGACCGCGAAAAUCGUCAGAGGGAUCAUUGAUUCCGUGGCUAAGAUACCUGGAACGACUGAUCUCCAGAUCACUCUCUGCAAGGAGAUGGUGGAGUGGACACGCGCUGAGAAGAGGACUUUUCUGCGGCAGAGAGUGGAGGCGAGGUUGGCUGCGCUUUUGAUGGAGAAUAAGGAGUAUGUUGAGGCCUUGGCGUUGUUGAGUGGUUUGGUUAAAGAGGUUAGGAGGUUAGAUGAUAAGCUUCUUUUGGUUGAUAUUGAUUUGUUGGAGAGUAAGCUUCACUUCUCGUUGAGGAACUUACCAAAGGCGAAAGCUGCACUCACUGCAGCUAGGACGGCUGCAAAUGCUAUUUAUGUUCCACCGGCGCAGCAAGGGACUAUUGAUCUGCAGAGUGGGAUUCUUCACGCGGAAGAGAAGGAUUACAAAACGGGAUACAGCUACUUCUUUGAAGCGUUUGAGUCUUUCAACGCUCUUGGAGAUUCUAGAGCCGUUUUUAGUUUGAAGUACAUGUUGUUGUGUAAGAUCAUGGUUAGCCAAGCUGAUGAUGUUGCGGGGAUAAUUUCUUCAAAAGCUGGACUACAAUACGUUGGGGCUGAUCUAGAUGCUAUGAAGGCGGUUGCUGAUGCUCACUCUAAGAGGUCGUUGAAACUGUUUGAGAACGCUCUACGUGACUACAAGGCGCAGCUAGAGGAUGAUCCGAUUGUUCACAGGCAUCUCUCUUCUCUCUAUGACACGCUUCUGGAGCAGAACCUGUGUCGUUUGAUUGAGCCUUUUUCACGAGUUGAGAUAGCUCACAUUGCUGAGCUGAUUGGGUUGCCGGUUGACCAUGUGGAGAAGAAGCUAUCUCAGAUGAUACUUGACAAGAAAUUUGCAGGUACGUUGGAUCAAGGAGCUGGGUGUCUUAUCAUAUUUGAAGAUCCAAAGGCGGAUGCUAUCUACUCUGCUACUCUCGACACUAUUGCGAAUAUGGAGAAGGUUGUUGACAGCCUUUAUGUCAGGUCUGCCAAAAUCAUGGCCUGA